AUGACCAAAUUUAUGGAGUGGCUAUUCGGAGUUUCGGUGGUGCUGGCCGCCUGGGUGCUGGUUGCCUUCGACCCGUUGGACCUGAAGGUGCCGCAUCCGUACCGAGAAGUGGCUUGGCCCAUGCCGCUCUACCUGUUGGUGUCGUUCGGCUGUUACUCCUUGCUCACGGUGGGCUACCGGGUGGCCACCUUUAACGACUGUCAGGAGGCCGCAGAGGAGCUUCAAGCACAGAUUAAGGAGGCAAAGAAGGACUUGAAAAAGAAAGGCUUGAGGAUGUAA